UAUCUAAGAUUAUUUAGUCUUAUGAUUUGCAGUAAGAAACGUGUCAGCUUUAUUAGAAAAAAUAAAAAGACAGUUAUUUUAACAGUUUUUACCUUAUAUUUUACCUUAUAAGUGUGUAAUAAAAGUGCGUUGCAGACAUGGCAAAUGACAGACCGUUAGCUGCGCAUGAAAUUUUAGAUGCUUUAGAAAAUGUUUCUGAUAAUGAAGAAGAUUAUAGAGAACGACUGAUAUGUAUUCUACCUCCUCCUGUUGAUCCUGACUGUCUCACUGACGAAGAUUCGGGUGAAGAAGAUAAUGUAACUUUGAAUAAUUUGCCACGAAACAUUCUGCUUCAACCGGCUGAAGUAAUGAUUCAAGGGCAGAUUAUGGUGAGUGAUACAGAAGAAGAACCUUCUGAUUCUACAGGUCGAACUAAACGUAGGCGUACCUACGCAUGGAGAAAACGGGACUUGGCAAAAAAUCCCGUGAAUUGGCCAGAUGUUCAAGGCGCUUGCCAAGAUAAGCGCCCAAUUGAGUGGUUUGAAAACUUCUUAGAUGAAGAUGUUAUUUCGUUGUUGGUGUCAGAGAGCAAUAAAUAUGCUGUCAAAAAGAAUUUGCCUGGAGACAUAACCACUGAAGAUAUGAAAUGUUUCAUCGGCAUAUUGUUGGUUAGUGGUUAAUGAAUUGAUCAGCUCAGCUAUGAUUAGGGAUAGAUUUGACUUUAUUUUUCGCCACCUUCAUGUCAAUGAUAAUCUGGAUUUGCAAGACAAAUACACAAAAGUACGCCCCUUAGUUACACUUCUAAAUAAAAAGUUCUUAGAGUUUUCUCCUCUUGAAGAGCAUUACAGUGUAGAUGAGGCCAUGAUCCCCUACUAUGGUAGACAUGGCUGCAAACAGCACAUAAAAGGUAAACCUAUUAGGUACGGGUUCAAAGCUUGGGUUGGUGCUGAACGGUUAGGGUAUGUUUUAUGGAUGGAACCAUACCAAGGUGCUACAACUAUGUGCAAUCCAAUAUAUAAAGAAUUGGGGCUGGGUGCAAGCGUUGUUCUCACUUUUUGCGAUGUGCUGAUUUCACGUGGCUUCGACCUUCCUUACCACGUAGUUUUUGAUAAUUUUUUUACUGGGACGCCCUUGCUGGAAGAGAUAACAAAGAAAGGCCUUCGUUGCACUGGGACAGUUCGAGAAAACAGGACAUCUAGUUGUCCUCUGAUUACAUCAAAGUUACUGAAAAAAAAGGAACGUGGUGCUGUCGAUUACAGAACGACACAUGACAACACGUUCAUUAUUGCUAAAUGGCAUGACAAUAAUAUAUUCAGUAUUGCUUCUAAUGCUGUAGGAAUAAAUCCUAAACAAUCUGCCAAACGCUUCUCACAAAGUGAAAAGAGAAACAUUGUCAUAGAAGAACCGCAUAUGGUGUCCAUCUAUAACAAAUAUAUGGGAGGAGUGGAUCGGUCUGAUGAAAAUAUUUCACAUUACCGAAUUGGUAUACGAGGUAAGAAAUGGUACAUGCCGUUGCUCACACACAUGAUUGAUCUUGCCGAACAUAAUGCAUGGCAGUUAUAUAAAAUAAAUCAUGGAAAACUGGAUCAUCUUGGCUUUCGCAGAAGGGUAGCAAUUGCUUUGAUUGAAUCAAACAGAAAAAAUGCCAAAAGAGGGCCUAGCCGACCCUCCCAUCAUGAAUAUGCUGAUAGUCGUAAAGACCAAAUGAAUCAUCUGGUUAUUCCUCAAUCGAAGCAAACACACUGUCGUCAAUGUCACAAAAAAUGUUUGACACGUUGCAAGAAAUGUGAUGUUGGAGUGUGUGUCAAGUGUUUUGAAACAUAUCAUUCAUAAAUAGUGUUAAUCUAGUAAAUUACAUAUAACAAUGGGUAAUAUAAUCAAUA